AUGACCAGUCGGGUGACAAUCUGUCCUCGUAUCUUACUCUCAAAAUGCACACCUAGGACAUACAUUUCAAGGCGCAACCUAUCUUCAAGCGCUGUUCGACUUUCAGACGAAGCACCAUCAACAAGUGAAGCGCCAUUAGACAGCAAGGCGUACUCGAAGACACUUUUCCUUCCAAAGACAUCUUUUCCGCUAUGGAGCAACCCGGCGGAAGUGGAAGGUCAAUAUAGGUCGAUUACUUGCGAUACGUUGUACCGGUGGCAGUGGAACUACGCGAAGGGCCCUCUCUUCGUUUUGCAUGACGGACCUCCUUACGCGAAUGGAGAUUUGCAUAUGGGCCACGCGUUGAACAAGAUCCUCAAAGACAUCAUCAACCGCUAUCACGUUUCUCUCGGACACAGAGUCCAUUAUGUCCCAGGGUGGGACUGUCAUGGUCUUCCCAUCGAAAAUAAGGCUUUACAGGACCUAAACCGCUCAUUUUCCGCAUUGUCGUCUGGAGAUAUUAGAAGCGCGGCGAGGGACACUGCUCUUCGCGAGAUUUCAUCUCAACAGUCCCAGUUCCAAGCCCUCGGUAUCAUGGCAGAUUGGGAUUCGGAGGAGGGAACGUACCGGACACUGGACCAUAGUUAUGAGAUGCGUCAACUACGAAUCUUUCAAAAGAUGGUGGAGAAAGGCAUGAUUUAUCGACAUUACCGGCCCGUACACUAUUCCCCUUCCUCACGUUCAGCUCUGGCAGAAGCGGAACUGGUAUACAAGGACGAUCAUGUUUCGCACUCUGUGUUCGUGAAGUUUCAGGUUGACAGGGAUUCUCCAAUUCAAAAUGAUACGUUGAAGCAACUCUUAGCGACGGAAACUUCGGUCAACUUGCUUGUCUGGACAACAACACCGUGGACGCUUACAGCGAAUAUGGGCAUCGCCAUCAAUCCUGAGCUCACCUACGCUGCUGUAAAAACUAUAGAGAAGGAACCCCAAGGCGAUGUCAUCAUUGUGUCCUAUGACAGGCUAGAACAUUUGACACCUGCGAUUGGCCAGACCGACCUUCUCGUAACCUUCAAAGGUUCGGAGCUGAUUGACCUUCGGUAUACUGCAAUCUUCUCAAAGUUGGUGCCGGCCUCUGAACCCCUCAAGAUCAUCUCUGCCUCACACGUAACUGCGGAAUCUGGUACGGGUCUCGUACACUGCGCCCCAGCGCACGGUGCAGAGGAUUAUCACGCCUUCUUGUCACUUGGCCUUAUCUCUACCUCACAUAACAUCAUAUGUCAUGUUGACAAGGAAGGCCAAUUCAACCGGAAUGUGGCUGAUGUCGUUGGUGACGAUGCAGCUGGUAAACUUGUUGGCCGUGCAGUUCUCACAGAUGGUUCAAGGGCUGUGGUAGAGCUGCUCCGAGAGAUGGGAAGUCUUGUCAAGAUCCAGCGGGUCAAGCACCGGUAUCCUUACGAUUGGAAGACCAACGAGCCUAUCAUUGUUACUGCAACUUCCCAGUGGUUCGCAAAUCUCGAUGAUAUCAAGGAUAAGGCGUUGGCUGCGCUCGAAAAUGUGUCCUUCUUCCCGCCUGUUUCUCAGAAUCGACUCGAGUCCUUCGUCCGCUCGCGCUCUGAAUGGUGCAUCUCUCGUCAACGAGUAUGGGGGGUUCCCAUUCCUUCUCUGCAUCAUAUUGAAAAGGACACAGCAAUUCUCGAUUCCACGACACUGGAACAUAUCCUCAGCGUCUUAGAAGAGAAAGGCGUGGCCCACUGGUGGGAUGGACCCGUUGAGGAUUUCCUCACCCCCUCCCUUUUACAGCAGGCGCCCGCAUCGUCAUGGCGCAAGGGAACUGACACCAUGGACGUCUGGUUUGACAGCGGCACAUCCUGGUCAAUGCUGCCUGAGAUGGGUGUUGGAAAAGAUGACACUACCGGCCGCAAGUUCGACGCUGAUGUGUGUUUGGAGGGAUCUGACCAGCACCGAGGAUGGUUCCAGAGCCAAAUGUUGACCUCCAUUGGCGCAGCACCCGCGGAUAGCGACCCAGCCAGCCCUUAUGGUGCAUUGAUCACUCACGGUAUGGUAUUAGACGAAAAGGGGAAGAAGAUGAGCAAAUCGCUUGGUAACAUUAUCAGUCCCCUCACAGUCAUCAACGGUGGAAAGGAUAAGAAGUUGGAGCCAGUGUAUGGUGCAGACGUCUUGAGACUCUGGGUUGCCACUAUCGAUUACUGGCGUGACGUGUCCAUCGGCCCAACGGUUCUCGCACAAGUGGCUGAAUCCAUGCGGAAGAUCCGUAAUUCUGCAAGAUUCUGUCUAGGGAACAUCGGAGACAAGCAGACGUUCAAGAGAGUGCCACGUGAAAAGAUGGGUUUAGCUGAGAGAUACGUUAUGCAUGAACUGUACCAGUUAGAGCAGACUGCAUUGGAAGCGUAUGCAUCCUAUAAUUUCCUGAAAGUGGUCAACGCCCUCUCGCACUUUGCCAACAUCACACUAUCUUCUCUCUAUUUCGACAUCACCAAAGAUUGCCUGUAUGCUGAUACCCCCGGAGGCCAACAACGUAGAGCUGUUAUGACAGUCCUUGAACAUAUUCUAACAACGAUGACCAAAGUUAUGGCGCCCAUCCUACCUCACCUCGCUGAGGAAAUCCACGCCCAUUGGAAAGCUGACGGCAAGUCAGUUUUCACGACGCCAUGGAUCCCAUUGGAUCCCCAAUGGAAAGAUCUACAUGCUUCGCAGGACAUGACUUCCCUCUUUGUUGUCCGCGACGCUGUACUCGCCCUGCUCGAGCACGCUCGCGGAAAAAAGAAUAUGAAGAGUUCUCUUGAAGCUGAAAUCGACAUCAUCUUUCCUGAAAACGUCUCCCAGGGUGAAAAUGCACUUUUAGAUGUAAUUCGAAGAGAAGAAAAAUUCCUCAAAACCCUAUUCAUUGUUUCCGAUGCAUUGAUUGUUGAGGAGGAAUACAUCGGCUCAUAUGACGAUCCCAAAUAUGCUCCCUCUUGGCUAUACAUAACCAGCAUAGCGAUACCAGGUCUUGAUGAGGAUGCGCGCCUGCAUCUCCAUGUGCGGUCACCUAUCCUUCAGAAAUGCCCUCGUUGCUGGACAUAUACCCGACAAGAGGAACAGAACCUCUGUAAGCGGUGUAAGAAAGUACUUCGUCAAUGA